AUGACAAACUGUUAUCGUGAAGUACAUCAUGUUCCUCCAGUUGUUUGGAGUAAAGAAUUAGAGGCACAUGCUCAAAAAGUCACUGAUACAUGUGUGUGGGGGCAUAGUAUGCCAGGCACCGGUCAGAACAUUGGUCUUGGCUAUUCCGACAUAGGAGAUGCUAUCAAUGGAUUUUAUGAAGAAAAUGUCGACUAUGAUUAUAAGACUGGUAGCUCUAAGAAUGGUAAGGUAACAGGCCAUUUUACUCAACUUGUCUGGAACUCAACUACUGAAAUUGGUUGUGCCGCUACAUACUGUAAAAAUUAUAAAGCUACCUUUUAUGUUUGCGAUUACAAACCUCCUGGAAAUGUUAUUGGCCUCUAUACCAAGAACGUUUUCCCUAUGUAA